CAACAAAAAUUAUCGUUGCAUUGUUGUGAUUCCUUCGAAAGUUGAUAUUUUAGAAAUGUAUUUUUGAAUGCUUGUUUGUUUAAUAUAUAUUGCGAUUUAUAAAAUAAAAUCAUUUGACUUUCAUUUUAUAAGCAACCGAUGGCACUAAUGAAAAUGCCACCAAAAGAGAAACGCAAAGUAAGCCACUUGUUUUAUGUAGCCUAUGCAGACAUAUGUAAACGACAUAAUUAUCAACCGCUUUCCUUGUUUAAACCAUCAGCAACGUCAAACAAAGCCAUAUUGGAUAUUUGUAUCGAUCGCAUUAAAUACGAUGAAUGGAUACCAAUAUUACAUGCUUUAAGUCAUGAUAAUAGUCUACAUUUUGUGGCGUUUCGAUGUCGUCAACAUCCGAAAAAAAUUGCAGAAAAUGUGGAUACAGAACAAAAAGUACGUCAAGCAGCAAACUGUACAAGAAUUUCAAUUUUAACAAAAUUUGUUUUAGAACGUUUAAUUGAUGCAAUUAUAAGCUUAAUUUCACAAUCUCAAUUUAUUACUGUGUUAAUAUUGGAAGGACUGCCUCUAUCACCGGAAUUGGUUCAAAACCUUGCAAGAAGUUUAGCAAAAAAUACAACGAUACAACAUUUAAAUUUACAACAUUGUUUAGUUGGUGAUGAAGGAUGCGAAAUAUUGGGCAAAACAAUACGUCAUGUAUCAAAUAUUACAACGUUAGACGUGUCAAAUUGUAAUUUAACGGCUGUUGGUGUUGAACAUUUGGCUGAACUAAUAAAAUAUCAAAAAAUUAGCAGAUAUAGUGAAAGCUGGAAACAAACAUUACGAUAUCGAGAACCAGAUUUAGAUGGUAUGCGCGGAUUGCGACGGUUAACUUGCAAUAAUAAUCCAGACAUUGGUGAUGAGGGUCUCAUGACUGUUUGCGAAGUGUUGCAGGAUGAUUUAUGGAUGAAAGCCAUAGAUUUUCAAAAUUGUGGUUUAACAGAUACAUCAAUAGAAAAAUUAAUAUCUGUUCUAACAUAUAAUGGUAUAAUGGAUAUUGCUGAUAUUCGACGGAAUACAAAAGUAUCACAAAAACUUUUACAAAACGUUAUGGUGUUAUUAUGCAAAAACAGUGAAAUGACUGGAGAUAAUAAUAAUAAUAAUGAAAAUAAAUAUCAAUGGUUAAGUACAACAUCAACAUUGAAUAGUUCUAGUGUUAUUAUGGCAAGCUGUAGUGGUGUAAAUAAUGGCGCGCUUAGUAUAACAUCACAAAAUGGUCGAAAUCAUGGUUUAUCAAGCUCACAAUUGUUAAAUCUAAAUAUUUCAAAUGUGAUUAGUAAUUGUCCACGUACAUGUAAAUCACAAAUAGAUGCAAGUAUUAAGAAAAGUAAUACAACUACUGGUAAUACACUAAUGAUGCCAAUAGGACGUCGUUUAUCAGAGACAGCAACAACAAGAAGAGCGAGAGAUGUUUGGACACCAAUAAAAGUACCAGCUAUUGUUGACUGUAAACCAACUGUUGCAGAACAAUUAAAGCAGGCAAGAAACAGAAUACAAGAAUUAGAAGCUCAAUUAGAAGAUGAGAAAAACGAAAGACAGCGUGUUGAUAUGUUAAAUGUUCAAUUACACAGUCAAUUAAUGGAAGUAAUUGGGCGUUCUGGAGGUGAUGUACAAAAUUCGCAAAAAGAUGGUUGUGUAUAUGUCAAAAAAGAUGUUUUAGAAGAAAUAUAUCAAGCAUUUUCGGAUAUUUUUAAUACAUUACCGACAGCUAGAUGUAACGGGAAAGUAAAAAAUAAUCUGGUAUUUACUAAAUUACAAAGUAUAAUUGAAGAAUCACCACCAAAUUCGCGAGAUGAAAAAAGAGAUUCAGGCGAAGAACAAAAUGAAAAUUUUAAAAUCAAGAGUAGAAAUCAUAGUUGUACAAGACAAAUGAACAGUUCUGGAGACAUGCAAUCAUCUACACCAGAGCAAUUAAAACGAACAAAGAGUGCUCUGAAAAAACGUCCUGGCUCUAGUAAAAAACUAUCGCCAAAUAACACAGAACAAUUAGAGAUUGAUGUACCUAAAGCACAACACCUAUUUCAUGCUUUUCUAGGUAAUGAAUCAGAUGAUGACGAACAACAUGAGAGUAAUGUUGAUGAUGAUUUUAAUGAGGAAAAUAACUCAACAGAAGACGAAGAUGAUAAUAGCAGUGCGUAAAUUAUCUAGUAAAAUUGAA